CUGGACCGUUGAUUUCCCCGUGAUCAGCUCUACAUCCAUGACAAAUACCCUUACAAACUUUGUCAGUCAUCGAUGCCAUCAUCCAUGACGAAUGCCCUUAGAAACUUGUCAACGUUAUUCGGUGUCGAAGUUAAACUGUACAGCUGCUGGCAUUGCCAAUUGAUCUAGCGUUCAUAGAUGAUCCGUGAGAUGACAUAUAUGUUGUGGUGCACGGUGGGUCAUAGACUGGCAGUCAUACAAGUGUCUCCCUUUCCUUGAGCGCAGAUAUCUGAUUAGGUUCUGGAAUUCAAUCAGCCUCAUCAUUAUGCUGGUGGCACCUCCGCGCAAAUCAUGGAAGGAAUGUAUACAGAAUUUUACCUGGGCCUGGCAUACAGUGAUCAUGGGCACUGGCGCUACAUCUGCCCUGGUCCACGCGUUUCCGUACGGAAACGGUAGUCCAGCGAUCAAGGUCGCCACUUUGAUCAUUUUCUUUCUCAAUCUCCUCCUCUUUGUCUUUUUUACUGGGGCAACCAUCGCGAGAUACGUGAUGUUCCCUGACAUCUGGCUCAAGAUGAUCCGACAUCCAACCCAGGGUUUAUUCAUGGGUGCAUUUCCAAUGGGAGCUGCGACAUUAAUUAACAUAGCACUGGUAGCGCAUCAAGAAUGGAACUUUGGAGGCAUUGGUUUUCUAUAUACCCUUUGGGGUUGCUGGUGGCUCGACUCAAUCGUAUCGUACCUCAUCGCUUUUGGAAUGCUGCAUGCGAUGAUGGUGGAGCAGAAACAUACCCUUGAGAGUGUGAACACUCUAUGGCUAUUUCCAGUUGUCACUCUUAUCGUUGCAUCUUCAACUGGUGGUUUACUCUCCACUGCGCUUAAAGCUCAGUCGAUGAAGUUUGCCAUCUGGACAGCUCUGUUUUCGUUGACUAUGGUUUUCAUUGGUCUCAGUCUCGCGUUGAUGGUGAUCACGAUAUACCUCGCACGCCUCAUCGCAAAUGGCCCACCAGAGAAGCCACUCGUUUUGUCUGCUUUCCUCGCAUCGGGUUCUCUCAGUCAGGGAGGAUACUCGCUCAUCAUCAAUGGCCAGAACCUAUCCGAAAUCCUUCCGCUGUAUGUCCCAGGCACGUUCCCAGAGGUAGCAGCUGCAGGACAGAUGGUAUUCUCGUUCUGUUUCUGCGGAGCUUACAUCCUGUGGUCGAUGGGCAUCUGCUGGAUCAUUAUCUCCUCGAGUUCCAUAUUUAGCGUGCUCAAAAAGGAGGGGAGCAUACCUUUUUCCAUCACGUAUCAAGGGUUGAUCUUCCCGAAUGCUGUAUUUGCGCUUCUCUCAGUGCAGCUUGGCAAUGUUCUGAACAGCGGCUUUUUCCAUGGGUUUGGUGCUGCAUGGACAGUUAUCGUCUUCAUCCUGUGGCUGAGUAUCUUUGCAAGAACCAUCCCAGCAGUCAUCGACAGGUCCAUAUUUGUUGCGCCAGAUAUCGCAGCUCUACCCUUACCACUUCAUAUUAACGAAUUUAAACUGCAGGAAGCAGUUAUAUCAAUACCAUAGCUAGAUACCAAGUAAUUUCAUGGGAACUUCGUGGAUAUGUAGUUCCUUUUGGAAGUACAUGUCGCUGGCCGACUGUGACGGUCGCCUUGGGCGUUACCAAACACCACCGAAGAUGGAAGAGCCGAGGCCUAAGGAUACGAGCCUUGGCAUAGAUGCGUAUAGAUGUGUUCUAGUAUUUUCUUUGCAAGGACUCCUGCCUUCGGUCGGUCCUUCAUGUUUAUAGUAGCAACUCAGGAAAUACAAUAUUAGCGCAGUACAUACUGAGAAA